GCCCCCGCACUCCCGCCGCCCAGGGUCGGGCGGCCACGAGGCCCUGCCGCGUCCUCCCGCGCUCGCCCGUCCGGCGGCUGCAGCCAUGUCGAAGGGGCCGGAGGAGGUGAACCGGCUCACUGAGAACACCUACCGGAAUGUUAUGGAACAGUUCAAUCCACGGCUACGAAAUUUAAUAAACCUAGGAAAAAAUUAUGAAAAAGCUGUUAAUGCUAUGAUUCUGGCGGGAAAAGCCUACUAUGAUGGAGUGGCCAAGAUUGGUGAGAUUGCCACCGGGUCGCCCGUGUCUACAGAGCUAGGCCAUGUUCUCAUGGAGAUCUCAAGUACCCACCAAAAACUUGAUGAGAGUUUUAAAGAAAAUUUCAAAACAUUCCAUAAAGAGAUUAUACAUGAGCUAGAAAAGAAGACAGAACUAGAUGUGAAAUACAUGAACGCUACUCUCAAAAGAUACCAAACAGAACACAGGAAUAAGUUAGAUUCUUUGGAGAAAUCUCAAGCUGAACUGAAGAAGAUCAGAAGGAAAAGUCAAGGAGGACGAAAUGCACUCAAAUACGAACACAAAGAAAUUGAGUAUGUAGAAACCAUUACUUCCCGCCAGAAUGAAAUCCAGAAAUUUAUUGCCGAUGGUUGCAAAGAAGCUCUGCUGGAAGAGAAGAGACGCUUCUGCUUUCUGGUUGACAAACACUGUAGCUUUUCCAAUCAUAUGCAUUACUACCACUUACAGUCCGCAGAAUUACUUAAUUCCAAAUUGCCUCGGUGGCAGAAAACCUGUUGUGAUGCCACCAAAGUACCAGAGGAAAUCAUCAAUAUGAUAGAAGAAAUAAAGACCCCUCUCUCCACCCCAAUGUCCUGGACGCCUCAGCCUUCGCCAAUGAUCGAGAGAAGCAACAUGGUUGGGAAAGAUUAUGACACGCUUUCUAAAUAUUCACCAAAGGUGCCCCCAGCUCCUUCAGCCAGAGCAAAUACCAGUCCUUUGAUUGAUAUGUUUAAUAACCCAGCAACAGUUGCACAGAAUUCAGCUUCUUCAGAUGAUCCCAGCUUACAGCGGUCAGUUUCUGUUGCAACUGGACUGAACAUGAUGAAAAAGCAGAAAGUCAAAACCAUCUUCCCACACACCGCUGGCACCAACCAGACCCUACUUAGCUUCGCACAGGGAGACAUCAUCACACUGCUCAUCUCUGAGGAGAAAGAUGGCUGGCUUUACGGAGAGCAUGACACCUCCAAAGCGAGGGGCUGGUUCCCGUCGUCAUACACAAAGUUGCUGGAAGAAAAUGGAAAGGAGACAGUGAGUGUACCCUCACCAAGCCCAGCGCCAGUGAGAAGCAUGAGCACGGUGGACUUGUCUGAGAAGGGCAGUGCUGCCGUCCCCAUCCCACCCCCGGAUUACCUGGAGUGCUUGUCCAUGAGAGCGGCCGCAGAGAAGAGGGCCGACGGCGCCAGACCGCCUUCCACCUUUAAAGCCCCAGAGUCCAGACCAGAAACUCCGUCUUCUAGUAAUUCAAAUGGGACUGCAAAGCUUCCUUUCCUCAGUGGAGAAAACCCCUUUGCUACUGUGAAACUCCGACCAACAGUGACAAAUGACCGAUCAGCACCCAACAUUCGAUGAAAAGAUGGCUGAGGAAUUCUUCAGGAUCUUCCAAUGUUAUAUUCUCACUCGCAAGAUGAUAGGUUUGGUAUGUGCUGUAACUGCCAUAAUGCUUCACCAGAGGGCGCCUGAUUU